AUGGGCUGGAAAGGAGUCCCAACGUUCCGAGGAAGAGGAGGAGGAGGAGGAGGAGAGAUAACCGCCUUGGAGUCACCAGUCCUGGCUCGAGACCUUGCUUUGGCCUCCUGGACUCUCUGGUUUCCAUCAGUAAGCUUCUUUGUGAAGCAAAUCGAUUACAAAUCUCAGCAAAUUCAGAUCUAUCACCCAAAUAACUGCCUUGCUAGCCAGCUUUUAGCGCUCGGAAAUUCGUCAACUUCACCUUUCCGAUUCAUAUCACCAUAUUACGGCGGCGAAACUAGUUACAGUAAUGUCUCUUUCUUUAGUUGCGCUUCGAGUUCUUCCUAUUCCUGUCCAAUUUUGCAACUAGAUUCUAGUAGCUUCAUCAUUGAUCCGGGAAUACUAUCGUGCACCAAGGUGCGUGAUGUUUUAUCGGUCCAAUGGAGGUUUACGGAUGAUGAUGAGACUAGUUUGUUUCUUGGAUGGUCGAACCCUAACUGUGGGCAGUGUGAAGCACAGGGCAAGAAAUGCAGACUCAAGAGCGAUGGUACGAAAGAGGAAAUUGAGUGUUUCGUUUGCAAAACAAACAAGAUUUCGACAUCCACUCUUGUUCUAAUUGUUGCAGGUAUGAAGAAUCCAUACGUGUUGCUUACCACCUAA